AUGAUUCAGGAUCUACUGGGUCGGCUCGGCACCGCCGCCGGCUGCCACCUGCUCUCUGGAAAGCGUCUCGGCGUGGCGUUUUACAGAAAGUCCCACCUUGCCAUCGUCCAGAAGGUGAACAACGAGGGCGAGGGAGAUCCGUUCUACGAGGUGUUGGGGUUGGUCACUCUAGAAGACGUGAUCGAGGAGAUAAUUAAAUCAGAGAUUCUGGAUGAAUCUGACAUGUACACUGACAAUCGCACCAGGAGGAAAGUUGCACCUGAUAAGAACAAGAGAGACUUUUCUGCCUUCAAACACGAGAGCGAAUCGAAGGUGAAGAUCUCUCCUCAGCUGCUGCUGGCCGCGCAUCGCUUCCUGGCCACAGAAGUGAGCUUGUUCAGUCCCUCUCAGAUCUCUGACAAGGUGCUGCUGCGGAUCCUCCGCUAUCCUGAUGUCAUCCAGGAGAUCAAGUUCAACGAAAGCGACAAGCGAUCGCAUCGUCACUACAUCUAUCAGAGAGGCAAGGCGGUCGACUACUUCAUCCUCAUCCUGCAGGGGCGAGUGGAGGUGGAGGCCGGAAACGAGAACAUGAAGUUUGAGGCCGGAGCGUUUUCGUAUUAUGGCGUCAUGGCGCUCAGUGCUCCCACUCAGGUGGCCGCGCCGCGCAAUCGCCUGCUCUCCUUUAAGAGGUUUUCUCUGUUCUCUCGGUUGCCAGGUAAAACAGUUUCCUAUGACUCACUGAGGCCCCCUGCUGGACGACUCACACCAACCGUAGAGUUUCGCUCGCCGUCCCACCUCAGCGGGUUGAACCGGACGGCGUCUCUGAGCGGGGCGGACCGGACCGACUCCCUGGCCGUCAGCGGGAGCAACAGCCAGCUCAACAGCAGCAUGGCUGCGCAUCACUACACCCCCGACUUCAACGUCCGGGCGCUCACCGACCUGCAGUUCGUCAAGAUCACGCGUUCGCAGUACCAGAACGGCCUGAUUGCGUCUCGCCUGGACAGCACGCCUCAGUCCCCAGAGAGCUCUCACUACUCCCAGGAGGAGACGUCGCCCUCGGCAGCCAUCUUGGACCUGGAAGCAGACUCCGCCCUGACGGAGAACGGCCCGGACGAGAAGACGCUGCUGCUGCUGCUGAACGAGCAGACGGCGGCGGUGCCGACGGCGAACCACCAUCACAACCAGCUGGACAACAGCGUCUGACCCCGAGCUUCCCCUCCCUGCCAGGGGGGGGCGCUGUCAGCACCAAAAGUCCCAGAGACAAGCCAUGCGCGCAUAUCAUGUAAAUAUGCGGGAAUUCAAAAUACCAACAAACACUGAUGAGCCAAAACAUUACAACCACUUAAAACUCUU